AUGGCGGAAUCCACAUACUACAUCGACGAAGACGUCGGCCAGGACAUCGACACCCAGACCGGCGACGAGAGCCUGCCCUUCAAGUCGCUGGGCUUCGCAGUCCUCACCCACGGCGAGUCGCACACGUUUCUCACGCGAAAGAGUGUGACCGGCGAGGUUACGGAAGGCUCAGACUCCUCGGCACGUUUGGACUGGAAACCUGCCGCCAAAGCUGCUCUGAAGAAGGCCGUCAACUACGCGAAAGCACAGAAGAAGAAGGCAGAGAAGGCACAGGAGCUGGAGGCACAGCAGGCAAAGGUCCUCGCAGAUCGCACCAAGGUCCUGGACGAGGCGAAGAAAAUCACGUUGCAGGAGGACAAGAGCCUGCCUGCACCCGUGAAGAUCAAGCUUGAUGAGAUAGAUCCGCAGAAAGUUCAGCUAGGCGAUGGCAAAGACAAGAUGGGAACGAGGGUGCGCGUAUUCGGCAGGGUACAUCGCGAGCGAAGACAGAAAGAGAACAUGUUUAUCACGUUGAGGGAUGGCUAUGGCUUCAUGCAGGUCAUUCUCCAGGGCCAACUUGCGAAGACAUACGACGCCCUCACACUGACCCGCGAGACGAGCAUGGAGAUCCUCGGCGAAUUGAGGGAGGUUCCAGAAGGAGCACACGCACCCAACGGCCGGGAAUUGCAUGCGGAUUACUACGUGAUCCAUCCCGGCUGGCAGGCAGCUGGCGGCGACGAUGCCAUCACCAACCGUGUCUCCAAGGACACCGAGCAUGCGACACUGCUGGACCUCAGACACCUUACUCUUCGUGGCGAGACAGCAUCAAAGGUCUUGAUUGUGCGAGAUGCUGUUGAGUGGGCUUUCCACGUUGCUUACAAGGAGCUUCGAUUCCGCAAGGUCAGCCCUCCAGCACUCGUGCAGACCAUGGUCGAGGGCGGUGCCACUCUUUUCGGCCUCCCGUACUAUAACGAAGAAGCCUUCCUGACGCAAUCCUCACAACUCUACCUCGAGACCUGCUUGCCGUCAAUGGGCGAUGUUUACUGUAUCGAGAAGUCUUUCCGUGCCGAGAAAUCCUUGACCCGACGGCAUUUGGCAGAGUAUACUCACGUUGAGGCCGAGCUGGACUUUGUCCAUUUCGACGACUUGCUCGAACAUCUGGAGAGUAUUAUGUGUCGUGUCUUAGAGGUCGCCUUGGAGGACCCAACCAUCGAGCAGUACGUGAAGGACCUCAACCCCGAGUUCCGGAUGCCUGAGCGACCGUUCAUGCGCAUGAAGUACUCCGAAGCUAUCAACUGGCUAGUUGAGCACAACAUUGAGAACGAGGACGGCGAGCCUCACAAAUUCGGUGAUGACAUUGCCGAAGCUGCCGAGCGGAAGAUGACGGACAUCAUCAACCGACCCAUCUUCCUUACGCACUUCCCAACCGAAAUUAAGGCCUUUUACAUGCUCAAGGACAAGGAAGACCCGCGGGUGACUGAGAGUGUGGAUUGCUUGAUGCCCGGUGUUGGCGAGAUCGUCGGCGGCAGCAUGAGGAUUGACCAGCACGAGGAGCUGAUGGCUGCCUUCAAGAGGGAAGGCAUUGACCCCACCAGUUACUACUGGUAUACAGAUCAGCGGAAGUACGGUAGCUCUCCUCAUGGCGGCUACGGUCUCGGUCUCGAGCGCUUUCUUGCAUGGCUCUGCAAGCAGCACACUGUCCGCGAUACUUGCCUAUACCCGCGCUACUUCGGUCGCUGCAAGCCGUAG